AUGGACCUACUCAACACUCUUAAGGAGGAGAUGGCUAGAAAACGCAAAAGGAUUGCAGAACUCGAAGUAGUUGUCGACGGCAAGAAAUUUAUAAGAGGUGCUGAUUUAGUUGCCAAACAGGAGGAGGAGUAUCGUGAGAAACAAAAGCUAAAGCAGGCUAAUCAUCAAGAAACAAAAGAGGAAGAGAACCACGUGGUCGAGUCAACAUCAGAAGGAGAUUUACUUUAUGAAAAAGCAGUUCCUGAUGAAAUACCAUUAUCCGAGGUUCGCAAGCGGUUGAGAGAACGAGGACAUCCAAUAAUUUUGUUUGGAGAAGAUGAGUCGCAGGUUCGAGCGCGACUUUUGAAGCUGGAAAUCGAACAACCAGACAUGAAGGAGGGAUGGAAGAAUGAAAUGCAGACAGCCAUGCGAGAUGUUGACGAGGAGCUUGUCAAGGAAGUAAUCGAAGGAUCGUCGAAUGAUCCGAACAAGCACGAUGUUGAUUUGUCGUCAUCAUUCAACGAUAACUGGGAAAAGAUUGAGGAGCAAGCCACUUUGUUGGGCUUAGGCAAUGAUCCUCACCGCGAUUGUGACAUAAUUUUAUCUUUCUUCAAAUAUUUGAUUACACGAUGGGGUAUGGAAUUGAAUCGAAGGGACGACGAAGAAAAGAAAAGUCCAGAAGGUAAACUGCAAGCGAGUAUUCACAAACAAACAGUUAUGAACCUCAGACCCUUGUUGAAUUCCCUGGAAAAUCACUCAUGCAACAAUGAUAUCCGUCACCAUUUGACCAACAUUUGCAGGUUAUUGAUAAUUGAAAGAAACUACAUCCUAGCAAACAACGCAUACAUGACCAUGGCGAUUGGAAAUGCUCCGUGGCCUGUGGGAGUAACACGAUCAGGAGAAAUGUCCGAUGAAGAUGUUGGGGAUAAUGAAGCGGAAGAUAUGGAAAUGGACGAGGUACCAGAAGAUUUGGAUGCUAAAAUUGCAAAUGUUAGGGAACAGCUUGCGCAAAAUUCCUAUGACUUUGAGCUUAACAACGAGUUGUUAUCAUUGUUGCGUAAAAAUGGCGAUUUCGAUGAGUUAGCUGAAGCCAGAGAAAAAAUAGCUGCACAACAUCCCUUGUCGAGUACGAGUUGGAUAGAAUGGAUACAAGAUGAGCGGUCUUCCGGUGGUGAGCAAACUCGCAUUGAGGAGCUGUUUGAAAAAGCUGUUUUUGAUUGCAAUUCGCUUGAUGUGUGGAUGGAGCUCGUUCAGUGGGCCUGUGGUGUCAGCCCCAAGUUUGCUAGAGAGAAAUUCGAAGCUGCUCUGUCUGCCAUCGGGCUCCGGGUGGACGUAGGUGCAAUGAUUUGGCAAUCAUAUCUUUGUUUUGAAGAAGCUAUGCUCGGAGGUGAACAGGUAGACGAAGACAUACGGCGGGUAUACGAAACCUCAGUUAACGACAUGAAAGAGUUUUCUAAAUACGAGUUGAAGCUGGCUGAAACCGACGACAGCCUUGAGGCAUUUCAUGAGUAUCUUGGUUACGAGAAAGCAAUGGGCAGCUCUGCUGACGAUGGAAGGGCUUUGUACCGCACCUAUAUUUAUAUAUUACGUCGUCGAGCAGAUUCUACCGAGAAGGACUACACAAAGGUGGCGGAAAUAUUCGAAGAAGGAUCACGGAAUCUCGUGGAAUGGUUCGGCAAACACGAUUGGGAUCCGCAAGCUGUGUAUCGGCGGAAUUGGGCCUAUUUCGCUUAUAACAAGCUGAAAGACUUUCAGAAGAUGUAUUCAAUUUACAUCAAGGGCAAAAAAAUUUGGGACGAUAUUCUCGCAUCUGGUGGCGGUCGUUUCGCUGAUAAGUGGAUCGAAGCUGUGAGGUUGGAGAGACAAUUCGGAUCAAGUGAUGGCGCCAGAAAACUUCUCUACAAGGCCCUUAAUUCCGUUUCCGAUCAUCCAAACGCUGUAUUCGAAUAUUUCAUACAAUUUGAGCGUGAAGAAGGCACUUUGGAGCAGCUUGACAAAGCCCUGGAGAAGGUGAGCGAUCAUUUUGCCCAUUCUGUGAACGCCCAAGCUAUGCAAAGAGCUAGUCGGGUGCAAGCACAAAAACCUAAGGAGGAGUCAGCUGGAAAGAAGCCUCAUGGCAAAGAGAGACGUGGUGCAGUGGAUAAGCAUGAACCAAACGAUUCCAGUCGUAAAAGAGCGGGCUCAACUUUGGAAGAAGUCGUUGCAACGAAAAAGCAGGCUACCGAGGUGGUCAAGCCGAACCCCUCCGAUCAAAAUGUGCCCAAGGACAAGGACGGAUUUGCAAUGCCAAUGCUUCCUGUAAGGAAGUCCACUGCUCCAGUACACUCUCCAUCAGCGUCGUCUGGACAGCCUACGACAUCGACACCGUCUUCUGACAAAGAGCAGAAGUUCACGGUAUUCAUUUCCAACCUGGACUUCAAAACUACACCUGAACAAGUCAAGAAGGUAUUGAGCGGUGUUCUCGAUGUUCGGUUAGUGUACCGUGGAAUGAGUAAAUUGACUAAAGGAUAUGGCUUUGUUGAUCUGGACUCCAAAGAAAGUUACGAGGAAGCGUUAGCAAAAGAUCGAGUUCCUAUCGAAGGGAGGCCAAUGUUGAUUUCGGUCAACGAUCCUGAAAAACGACCAACAUUCAAAUAUUCCACUGAUCUUGAGAAAUCGAAGUUGUUCGUCCGUAAUGUGCAUUACGACUGUACGGAGGAUCAGCUGCGGAGUUUUUUGUUCCAGGAUGCUUUCAAGGUAUUCGGUGAAGUGAAAGCGGUGAGAAUCGUCACUCAUAUCUCAGGAAAACCAAAAGGAGUCGCUUACGUUGAAUUUGCCAACGAAGAUGACGCUCGAAAAGCUGUGCUAGAGCCAGAGAUCAUACUGCUCGAUCGCAAAUUGCAUGUGGCGAUUUCCAACCCACCAAAAAAGCCAGCAAAGGAGGAAGCCAAACAACUCUCUUCAACCCCUAUUGCCUCCACUUCAACUGACAGGAAAGCGCACUUGACAAUGGUUCCAAGAGGGGUGAAAGCUUCAUCAGCAAAAGUUGUUAAUGGUUUCGAAAUGGUGGAGUCAGCUGCUAAUGGAACGAGAACAUCACUUGAUGAGGAACAUCUCUUAGCUCCUUUCGACUACAUAACUUCAAUGCCAGGUAAACAGAUCAGAGGCCAACUUGCUAUGGCUUUCAAUAUUUGGCUCAAAAUAGGAACGGAGGAAUUAUCGGAAAUUAUGGAGAUUGUUCAAAUGCUUCACAAUGCUUCGUUACUCGUCGAUGACAUCGAGGACAACUCAGUACUGCGACGUGGCCUUCCUGUCACCCAUCACAUCUACGGCACCCCCCGAACUAUCAACUCUGCUAAUUACGUAUACUUUAUAGCGCUCGAGAAAUGCACACGGCUGUCCCAUGAGGCUGUUCGUAUAUUUGCAGAGCAAAUGCUGGAGCUGCACAGAGGUCAAGGGAAAGAACUUUUUUGGAGAGAUACAGUGACAUGCCCAACCGAGGCAGAAUAUGAAGAAAUGGUUGUCCAAAAAACUGGUGGGUUGUUCUUCCUUGCAGUGAAGCUGAUGGAGCUUUUCAGUAAUGCCAAGUACGAUUUCUGCAAGUUGUUGAGGCAAAUGGCGUUAUUCUUCCAAAUAAGAGACGACUUUAUGAAUCUGGUUUCGGACGAAAUGGCGCAGCAGAAAUCUUUCGCAGAGGAUCUCACCGAAGGGAAAUUUUCUUUCCCCAUUAUUCACGCUAUACGAAACUCACCGGCAUCCAGCAACGAUGACCCCGUCCUCAGUACGUUUGCUGUUUAUAUGGACUACACUUUGUCUCGACUUCGCAAAAUCAGUGCUGAUAUCCGAACAGAAAUCAAGGCUUUGGGAGGAAAUAACAAAUUGGAAGACGUAAUGGAUCUCCUUGAACGUGGUAUUGUAAACUGA